UUAAAUCUAACUUAUUUUAACUUUCAAAAUUCUGGCGAGAACGUUUCCUGCUUAAUCAAAUAAAUAUAUAAACAACCCCAGAAAGAAUAUCAAGCGAAUCUUUUUAUUAAUCGUGCAGCAUGUUGAGUAGAUUGGGAUUACAGAGUGCAGCUACUGCCGCCUUUCAUUGGAAGCAACUGCGUCAGAUCACGUAUCGCAUUCCACACGAGUUCUCCACGGAGAUGGCGCACACAUCGCUGGUGCUGGUGACGGAGGCGCGACGCUUCAUCCAGGAUUGCCUGCAUCGAGUGGGCGUGCCGCCGGAGAAGCAGCGUUGCAUCAGCGAUAUUCUGUUGGCCGCGGAUUACAGAGGUGUUCACGGAUCGGGCAUCAAUCGAUUGGACAUGUACUUGAGUGACAUUCAGCACAAGUUUGUGGACAUCAAGGCGGAGCCGACGAUCAUCAGUGAAACGUUGACCACGGCGCAUGUGGAUGGCAACAGUGCCAUGGGCGUCUUUGUGGGCAACUUUUGCAUGGAUCUGGCCGUGGAGAAGGCUCGCAAGACGGGCAUUGGCUUUGUGGUGGCCAAGAGAUCCCACCACAUAGGCUUGGCCGCCUGGUAUGCCUUCCGUGCCAUGGCCAAGGGAUUCAUUGGUCUCGUCCUGUCCAAUGCAGCUCCAAUGAUGAUGCCACCGGGUGCAAAGACUUCCAGCAUUGGCGCCAAUUGUUUGGCCUUUGGUGCCGCUGCAAAUCAUUCGCAUUUUAUGCUGGACAUGGCAACCACUGUGAGGGACAUGGGCGCCAUCGAGUGGGCCUUUAUGAUGAAUGAGAAUAUACCCAAGACUUGGGCGUCGGAUGAGUGUGGUCUGCCCACGAGUUUCCCCAGCUUGGCACUGUCCGCCCAGCGACUCUCUCCGGCUGGUGGCCAAAAAGGAUUUGCUUUGGGGGCGAUGAUUGAUGUGCUCUGUGGUGUGAUGUCUGGUGCCAAUUACGCCACACAAAUUCCACGCUGGUGGGCGCCUUGCCAGGGUCGUACUUCCAACCUGGGACUCGUUAUGCUCGCCCUUGAUCCUUGCGUCUUUGUGCCAGAUUUUCAGGAGCGUCUCGAUCAUUUUAAUAAAAGCAUACGGAGCAGUUGUCCGGCUGAUGAAGCGAAUCCUGUGAAAAUACCCGGCGAUCUGGAGAAGAUGCACAUGGACUACGUGGAUGAUCUGGGCGCAAUGCCGUAUCCGAAUCUCCUGCUCGCCAAGUGCAAACUCAUUGCGGAGAUGCUCUGUGUAAAGCCAAUGCAAUUGGCCUUCGCCUCCUGCCCUCGUUACAAUGGCUGUCAUUGACCAAUGACAUAAUAAAAUCUAUCUAGAGUUUUAA